AUGACUAAGGAUGAACUCGACCUACCUGCAACAAAGCCAGGCAUAACGGCAAUCAGGUUGAUUUGCCCGGCACUCGGGCGAUUUGCAGAUUCAUGGAAAAUGGAAGUCAGACUCCGUGACGGUGGGAUUGUUACAAUCGCUAACGUUCUUCAUGGAGUAUAUGAACAACUUCGAGCCAAAAUAACAAAAGACGAGCAAGCAUUAUUGUCGUAUUCAGGGGUACAUUAUGAAAGGGUAGAGCGUCCGAGGCGAGUGGAAUUCCUUGGGAAUAAGCAUUGGUUUGCAGGGUUGAGACAGGUGAAACUCGAUAGUCCAUAUGACUUUGAAUUGUUGGUCAAAACGGUAUGA